GCAGGUGCCGCUGCGCCGGGGCCCGGGAGGCUGCGCGCCGAGCCGAGCCGAGCCAGGGAGGGAUGGAGAGCGGGCCGCCCGGGCUACAGGAGCACCGGCAAGGGGCGUAGGCGGGCGAGAAGCGGGCGCUGGGGCACGAUAAGUGUGCAGACGCAGGAGCACUUUGCGAUAGGAUGAGGCUCUUGGCUGGCGCGCGGUAGUACUAUGAUUUGGUAUGUGGCCACUUUGAUAGCAAGUGUGAUCAGCACCCGAGGUCUUGCGGCUCAAGGUGCCCACGGCCUACGAGAGGAACCCGAGUUUGUGACUGCUCGAGCCGGUGAGGGUGUUGUCCUGAGAUGCGACGUAAUCCAUCCAGUGACGGGACAGCCCCCGCCCUAUGUUGUAGAGUGGUUCAAGUUUGGGGUCCCCAUCCCUAUCUUCAUCAAGUUUGGCUACUACCCCCCACACGUGGACCCUGAGUAUGCAGGCCGGGCCAGUCUUCACGACAAAGCAUCUCUGCGGCUGGAGCAGGUGCGCUCGGAGGACCAGGGCUGGUACGAAUGCAAAGUCCUCAUGCUGGACCAGCAGUAUGACACAUUCCACAACGGCAGCUGGGUCCACCUCACCAUUAAUGCCCCCCCCACCUUUACAGAAACACCCCCCCAGUACAUUGAGGCCAAGGAAGGUGGAAGUAUUACCAUGACUUGCACUGCUUUUGGGAACCCUAAGCCCAUUGUCACCUGGCUCAAGGAAGGGACCCUCCUCGGUGCUAGUGGAAAGUACCAGGUGAGUGACGGCAGCCUGACGGUGACAUCGGUCAGUCGGGAAGACAGAGGCGCCUAUACCUGCCGAGCAUACAGCAUCCAGGGUGAGGCUGUGCACACAACUCAUCUGCUUGUUCAAGGGCCUCCCUUCAUUGUUUCCCCUCCUGAGAACAUCACCGUCAACAUCUCCCAGGAUGCUCUGCUUACCUGCAGGGCAGAGGCGUAUCCUGGCAACCUCACCUACACCUGGUACUGGCAGGAUGAGAAUGUGUACUUCCAGAAUGACCUGAAGCUAAGGGUGCGGAUCUUGAUUGAUGGGACGCUGAUCAUCUUCCGAGUGAAGCCAGAGGAUGCUGGAAAGUAUACCUGCGUCCCUAGCAACAGCCUGGGGCGCUCCCCUUCUGCCUCAGCAUACCUGACUGUGCAGUACCCAGCCCGUGUCCUCAACAUGCCCCCUGUCAUUUAUGUGCCCGUGGGAAUCCAUGGCUAUAUCCGCUGUCCUGUGGAUGCAGAGCCACCCGCUACUGUGGUGAAGUGGAAUAAGGAUGGCCGGCCACUGCAGGUAGAGAAGAACUUGGGGUGGACCUUGAUGGACGAUGGCUCUAUUCGCAUUGAGGAGGCCACAGAGGAGGCUCUUGGCACUUACACCUGUGUGCCUUACAAUACCCUGGGGACUAUGGGCCAGUCUGCCCCUGCACGGCUUGUCCUAAAGGACCCCCCGUAUUUCACGGUGCUACCAGGCUGGGAGUACAGGCAGGAGGCCGGCCGGGAGCUGCUCAUUCCCUGCGCAGCUGCAGGGGACCCCUUCCCUGUCAUCACCUGGAGGAAGGUAGGGAAGCCCAGCAGAAGCAAGCACAACGCCCUGCCCAGCGGGAGUCUCCAGUUCCGUGCCCUGAGUAAGGAGGACCACGGGGAGUGGGAAUGUGUUGCCACCAAUGUGGUCACAAGCAUCACUGCCAGCACCCACCUCACUGUCAUCGGCACUAGUCCCCAUGCCCCAGGCAGUGUCCGGGUCCAGGUCUCCAUGACAACUGCCAACGUGUCCUGGGAGCCAGGCUAUGAUGGAGGCUAUGAGCAGACAUUCUCAGUUUGGAUGAAGCGGGCUCAGUUUGGGCCCCACGACUGGCUGUCCUUGUCAGUGCCACCGGGCCCCAGCUGGUUGCUGGUAGACAGCUUGGAGCCUGAGACCGCAUACCAGUUCAGUGUCCUGGCCCAGAACAGGCUGGGAACCAGCGCCUUCAGUGAGGUGGUCACUGUGAACACUUUAGACAUCUUCCCACAGCCGGACCUGACCGAUGAUGGGCUGGCCCGGCCCGUGUUGGCUGGGAUAGUGGCCACCAUCUGCUUCCUGGCGGCCGCCAUCCUCUUCAGCACUCUGGCUGCCUGCUUUGUCAACAAGCAGCGGAAGCGCAAGCUCAAGCGGAAGAAAGAUCCUCCGCUCUCCAUCACUCACUGUAGGAAGAGUCUUGAAUCUCCCUUGUCCUCGGGCAAGGUGAGUCCUGAGAGCAUCCGCACUCUCCGAGCCCCGUCUGAAUCCUCUGAUGACCAGGGCCAGCCUGCAGCCAAGAGGAUGCUGAGCCCCACAAGGGAAAAAGAGCUGUCCUUGUACAAAAAGACCAAGAGGGCUAUCAGCAGCAGGAAGUACAGCGUGGCCAAGGCUGAGGCUGAGGCUGAGGCCACCACACCCAUUGAGCUGAUCAGCAGAGGUCCCGAUGGCCGCUUUGUCAUGGGCCCUUCUGAGAUGGAGCCUGCGGUGAAGGGCCGGCGAAUCGAGGGCUUCCCCUUCGCUGAGGAGACCGACAUGUACCCCGAGUUCCGGCAGUCAGACGAGGAGAAUGAAGACACACUGGUGCCCACGUCUGUGGCUGCCCUGAAGCCUCAGCUGACCCCUAUGUCUUCCAGCCAGGACCCUUACCUGCCACCACCAGCAUACAGCCCUCGGUUCCAGCCUCGUGGGCUCGAGGGCCCUAGUGGACUGGGAGGACGGCUCCAGGCUACUGGCCAAGCAAGGCCCCCUGCCCCUCGGUCCUUCCACCAUGGCCAGUAUUAUGGGUACUUGAGCAGCAGCAGCCCUGGAGAGGUGGAGCCUCCACCCUUCUAUAUGCCAGAAGUGGGCAGCCCCUUGAGCUCGGUCAUGUCAUCCCCACCCCUGCACACCGAGGGGCCUUUUGGCCACCCCACCAUCCCUGAGGAAAAUGGAGAGAAUGCUUCCAACAGCACUUUGCCCUUGACUCAGACACCUACAGGAGGGCGCUCCCCUGAGCCCUGGGGCCGGCCAGAAUUUCCCUUUGGGGGACUGGAGACCCCAGCUAUGAUGUUCCCCCAUCAGCUGCACCCCUGUGAUGUGGCCGAGAGUUUGCAGCCCAAGCCCUGCCUGCCCCGAGGACUGCCCCCAACCCCCCUCCAGGUGCCUGCAGCCUAUCCAGGCAUGCUAUCUCUGGAGGCGCCAAAAUGCUGGGUUGGCAAGUCACCUGGCAGGGGCCCCAUCCCGGCGCCCCCUGCCACCAAGUGGCAGGACAGACCUAUGCAACCUCUGGUCAGCCAAGGGCAGCUAAGACAUACCAGCCAAGGUAUGGGGAUACCGGUGUUGCCUUACCCCGAGCCAACCGAGCCCGGGGGGCACGGUGGCCCCAGCACAUUUGGCCUGGAUACCCGGUGGUACGAGCCCCAGCCCAGGCCCCGGCCCAGUCCCCGGCAGGCCCGGCGUGCCGAGCCCAGUUUACAUCAAGUGGUGCUACAGCCCUCCCGGCUCUCACCUCUGACCCAAAGCCCCCUCAGUUCCCGUACUGGCUCCCCUGAGCUCGCUGCUCGAGCCCGACCUCGACCAGGCCUACUGCAGCAGGCUGAGAUGUCAGAGAUUACCCUCCAGCCGCCAGCCGCGGUCAGCUUCUCUCGCAAGUCCACGCCGUCCACCGGAUCUCCUUCACAGAGCAGCCGCAGUGGGAGCCCCAGCUACAGACCCACCAUGGGCUUCACCACUCUGGCCACAGGCUAUCCUUCUCCUCCACCGGGACCUGCUCCUCCGGCCCCAGGGGACAACUUGGAUGUGUUUGGACAGACACCUUCCCCUCGGAGAAUGGGGGAGGAGCCACUCCGGCCAGAUCCCCCAACAACCUUACCUAGUUCAGGAAUACUUCCACCUGCACCCGGGAACGCUGCUGUGCCUGAGAGGCUGGAGGCUCUGAGAUACCAACGGAUAAAGAAGCCCAAAAAGUCAUCCAAGGGCUCUUCGAAGUCAAAGAAACGAUCCGACGGUUCUGCCUCCCAGGCUCAGCAGCUUCCCAACUCUCAGGUUCUGUCGCCCGACGAAGCUGUCUGCCUCCGAAAGAAGAAGAGACAUUCUCGUCCUGACCCCUUUGCCCGACUUUCGGACUUAUGCCACCGUCAGCUUCCAGAAGACCAGACGGCGAUCCUCAACAGCGUGGAUCAUGAUGACCCAGGCCACGCUACUCUGCUAUGACUUGACGUCACUCUAAGUGUCCCCAGGGUGGGGUGCUAGGCCUAGGGGGCAGAGCGGGACCAUUGUACAGGGCCUUGUCCUCCUUUGCCCAUCAUGCGAUGGCUCAGGCCCUUGUCCGAUGUGUGGUCCCCCCCUGCCCGUGGGCCUCUCUCUCCCCUACCAUCUAGCUGGCUAGCCUUGCCCACAGGACAGAGGACUGGGGGAAGAGCUUUUAUCUGUGGGUCAGAGCUGGGAGUGUGUGAGGACAGGAAGCGUCUGCCUCAACACCAUCUCUCCCACCUUACUCGAUUCUUCUCACCUCUUCAAACGUCUUAGGAAGUGAGGAAGAGAAAAGCAAUGGCUUUUACUACUCUGUGUUUGUUUCUGUUUUCCAAGUCCUGGGAGGGGGUUAGAAUUAUUUCCUAUCCUCCAAACUCCACAUAUAUAUAGAUAUAGAUACAAAUACACUUGUGUGUAGUUGG